AAAAUGAGAUAAUAUUAAUAAUAAUAUUUCUAAAAAUAUUAUUAACUAUUGUAUAAAAUGUAUACUCACAAUUAAUAUAUCCAAUGUCCAACAAUGUUUUCUUUCUGUUAUGCUCUUAAAUUUAGUCAUCAGUUUCGAAUCGAACACAUUUUCCCCUCUUCCAUAUUCAAGCUGUUCAAGCAUUGAAGCUUUUCCCCUCAGAUAACCAUAGUUGCGUGUAUAUAUCAGUCUCUUUCAGGCAAAGCAGUCUGAUAUUAGAAACGAGAAAAACACUUUUGGAUCAGACAAUAGAAAAGGAAGUUCUAUUCAAAUUGCGAUUAAGAAAAUUAAACGAUUUUUUGCGAAUAAAUAAUUAUAAACCAAAGGAUUUGCCGCAGCCGAAGGAUAAAGCACGAAUCUUAUAUAAAAACAGCCAGAGGCAAGACAGUGACAAGGUUGCUUACAGAGUGUACGCUAAAAAAAAGUCUUCGAGAAAUUUCUGGAAAGAUUGUUCGCAACAAAAUUUAAUAAAUAAAAGUUAUCCACGUUGAAAAUGCUGCCGGCAAAUAAUACCUUUAUGGCCCGGGAGAACGUAUCCAUGCCUUCGGUUUGUGAAAACCUCGUUAACGUUAUUGGGCAAACUGUUCGAAAUGAAAAUCUGAAAAUUCUGGAAACUAAUGUUAAACGCAAGGCUGAAAACAACGAUGCCAGAAAUGUGGAGCCGAAGCGUUCAGCGUUCAGCAAGCUAGCAAAUGUCAAUUUCAAUCACAAUAAUAAAAUUACUAUUCAUCCGGAUGAUGCCGUAAAGCAACGAGGAGAACCUACGAAAAAGGGCGAUAAACGCAACGAUGUUCAGCAAAGCGGUGAGCAAACGCAACAGGAAUGUUGUGUUAUGCAAAAAUAUGAAAAAGGGAAAAUCGUAAUGGAAACUAAUUGCAGAAAACUAGAAAAUAGCGACAAUAACAAGAACAUAACCUCAAAAGAAGUAGAAAAUGUAGCGGGCACAUCGCAAAGCAUUAAGCAGCUAAUCGUCGCAUCGUCUGUCGAAAACGUUCCGCCAUCUAAAAAGGUGACUGAAAAUAAACUAAUUUGCCAAACAAUGCAAAACAAUGACGAAGACUUUGACAGGACCAACUGGAAUGAUCCACUUCAUGUCUCACAAUAUGCCAUGGAUAUAUUUAAAUAUUUGAAAGAGCGAGAAACUGCAUUUCCAAUAGAUGACUAUAUGAAACGUCAAGUUAAUUUAUCCAAAAAUAUGCGUGCCAUUCUUGUGGACUGGAUGGUAGGUGCGCAAGAAACAAUGGCAUUUAAUGAUGGAUCUCUCCAUUUAGCGGUAAAGAUAGUCGACUUGUUUUUGUGCAAAGUUGUUAUUAAUAAGGAUAAGUUACAAUUAUUGGGAGCUACCGCUCUAUUUAUAGCUUGCAAAUUUGAUAAUCGUACGAUUCCAUUGAUUGGAGAAUUGGUAUAUGUUUGCGGUGACAAUUACAAGUAUGACGAUUUCAUACGCAUGGAGAUUUCAAUUUUGCGAGCGAUUGACUUUGAUCUCGGCAUACCGUUGGCUUAUGAAUUUUUGCGACGUUACUCUUAUUGUGGACGCGUGGCAGCAACUACUCUUACAUUAGCUCGUUACAUACUUGAAAUAUCGUUGACGUAUUAUGAUACCGUUACUUUUAGUGAUUCCAAAAUGGCUGCAGCCGCUUUAUUUAUUGCUUUACGCAUGUUUGGUGUUGAUCAAGGGUGGAAUAUUACUUUAAAAUAUUAUUCUGGCUAUAAACUGACGGAUUUCGUGGAAAUUAUAACAGUAAUAAAUGGAAUUUUACUUCGCAAACCGAAAUCCAACUUGAAUAAUGUACGCGAGAAAUAUAUAAGCGAAACUUUUUAUGAGGUAGCCAGAGUGCCAUUCAUAACCACCCCUGAUCUAUUUAAGGAUAAUUUAGAUUACAUUUAAAAUCAAUCAACUGUUCAUAUAUAGAAAAAAGGAUCAGAAUACUUGCCACAUUUUAGAGAUUUUUUAAAGGAAUUGCAAAAAUUAAAUGUGUUCGAUUAAAAAAUAGCAUAUUUAUGUACCCAAAUAUUUGGGGAAAAAAAAAAAUAAAUAAAUAAAAAAAAUAAAUUCCACAAAACUAGUCACAUCUUAACUUCUAAUGGCAGGUUUAUUUACCAUUUUUUCUUUCCUUUUCUCAAACGAGUAGGCUUCGGACUUUCAGUCACGCUUGACUAGCGAUAAAAGUUUUUAUUUUUGCAUGUUUGUGUAUUCCCGACUUUUAAGAAGUAGUUAAGUUAAGUUUGUAGAGAAGAGUUUGUUUUGAAAACCACGAUAGAAAUACGAUAGCUACCUUGAGUACGAACAAAAUGAGAAAAGCAGUCCUUUAAUGAUUCCGAAAAUCAAUUUGAAUUGAAGAACCUACGAAUCGAGACUAAUUCAGCUGUAAAGUGACACAUGACUUUAAUAUUAGUGAACAACUUUUCUGAGCAUAAAUUCCGCGCAUACGUUAC